AUGGUGUAUCGUUCAGAGACUUCUAAGUGGAAAGCUUACCAAUUUAGUGACCCAUUUGCAGCAGGUUCAUUUUUUGUUUGUAAUAAGCUCAAUAGGUACUUUUGUCGUCCCGAUUGUGAUGCAAGACCAAGAACAAACUUAAAAUCAGAAAUAAAGUUUGUUUCUUCGGUGAAUGAGGCUUGUUCGCUUGGUUUUAUACCCUGUGAAGUUUGUGAUCCAAUUCACAGCACAGCUAUCGAUGUCAAUUUACUAAUAAAGUGUGUUUCAACUGUGAACAAUAAAAUCGGGUUCAUGCUUCCCUUGUUGGAUGAAAAUGAAGAGUUGAACUCAAGAAAAAUUAAAGAAAAUAUAUUGGAAUCAAAGAAGGCAAAUGAAGAACAGAUAUUGAAAACUAUUAAUGGCUCGUUGCCUGAUAUAAAGAGCGAAGACGGUAUAGCCAAUGGUGGCGAUGUCUCAAUUCAUAGGGCGUCAGUACCAAGCUUUGGCUACCAAGAAAAAGUAUCUAAGGAUUUGGAAAAUACUUUGUUGUCAAAGAACGACUCGGACCACUACAGACUAGUCGAUUUGGCCUGUCGCCACUUGGCAUUGGCAGCCGCUGUCAAUGUUUUCCAACCAAAACCCAUAGCUACAGUGUCAACUAAUAAUGCCAAUAUCAACAACAAUAACAGCAACAACACUACUAGUGGUGUCUCUGAGGAGAAUACAAAUGCAACAACUGUUGAUGCUAAUGGUACCAAUACUGGUACCACGCCUUCAAAAAAGAGAAGAAGAAGAGGCGGUGUAUUAGGUUUUAAAGAAUUGGCUGCAAAGUCGAAAUUGAGCGCAUGGCAUUUUCAUCGAGUAUUUAAAUCCGUUACCGGGUUAACGCCGAAGACAUACGGAGACAAGUGUUGGGAAUUCAUCAAGAAAGUCAAAGAGAGCGGUGAGUAUACCUUGUUUGAGACUUUUAACUCGCCAACUUCCAACAACAAUAAUAGCGCCUUCUCUUCCAGCUCCUAUGAGAAUGCUAAAGAUUCAUCUUCGCCGAUGCCAACGUCACCCACUUCUCAAAAUCCACCAAUGAGGAAAAAAACAAAGCUAGAAUCAUCUUCAUCUUCAUCUUCAUCAUCGCCUCCAAAUCCAUUAACUCCUCCAAACCAAACCACAAGUGGUUCAUUGAGUCAAUUGAAUACACUACACACGGAGUUGCCUGACUCCCUUAACCCACACCUGCAAAUAACAUUUUUUGAUGAUCCAUUACAAGAGUUACCUACACUCGAUCUAGAGGCUACUCAUAAUAGUAAUCAAGAUGGUUAUUAUCUAAACAUGAAGGCUUUUUCAUAUCCUUGUUUAUCCAAAUUUCGUGGUGAUAGUCUAUUCAAUGACACGCAGCCAUUACAGUAUAUACCGGCAUCCACCGAGUUUGUAAUGGAUCAACAGGAACAGGAACAAGAACAAAAACAAGAACAAGAACGAGAUUCAGAAACUGCUUACACCUCACAAACAAUCAAUUGGUUUGGUGAUGCCGUGUCCAUACCUCCUACACAGCCACAACCAACCACUUCUUCCACCAAUUUUAACAACAACCCCUCCACCACCAAUACCACCAAUACCACUUCACUUAAUGACUUUGACUUUACUAAUGAACAGCCCAUUUCUUCAUCUUCUUCAGUUGCAGUACUUAACAACUACAAUGGUAAUAUUGGAGAGGAUUUAGAUUUUAUACCUUCAACAGCACCAUCAGCAUCAUUAGCACUUAAUGAGGAGUUACUCUUCACCACAACGACUCCAUUUGCACAUUUCAAUGCAUCCAGUUACUUUGGUGGUGUUAAUGGUUCUACGCAAUCUACAACUACAAACCCAAGUUGUUCACCAUCUGCCAUUGUUAAUGACGAUAUUUUUAAUGACACUAGUUUCUUAGCAAUGAAUCCUCAAUUAGCCGCAAGUAUUGGGUUAUAG